AUAGGGAAAGUUCUCAUCAAUUACUAACUGUGCACCUAUAGACUGUGCUUUGUGUUUGAAAUAUUUCAAAUUAGGUAAAAAAUUAUUCAGUAUUUUUUAAUAUGCUUCACAUUCUAUUCCGUUUAAAUGAGCCCAUUAGCAGGACGUUUUCACGAUCAAUUGUCAUCAAACAGUUACGCGAUAUGCAUUGUAAACAAAUCGUAUUUAAAGAAUAUGGCGACCCAUUGAAAGUUACCCAACUAGUGGAAAAUACUUUACCUGAUUGUCCCGAUGACGAACAGGUACAGUACAUGUUGUCUUGCCCUGGGCAGUACAAUUUUUACUCUUUUUUUCUUAUUAAAGGUCUUAGUAAAAAUGAUUGUAGCGCCAGUCAAUCCUGCUGAUAUAAACACCAUUCAAGGUGUUUAUCCAGUAAAACUAACCCUACCCAGUAUUCCUGGAUUCGAAGGAAUUGGCGAUGUAGUAGCUGUUGGUUCGGCUGUAAAAAAUCUUGUUCCUGGUGAUCGAGUAAUACCCUAUGGAAGUAUUGGCACCUGGUGUUCAGCCAGGAUGUUUAACUGCAAACAACUUAAAAAGGUCAGUGGGGUGUUAUUACUAUUAUUAUAUCAAUGUCCAGAUAAUUAUAAAUAAAUUAUUAUAGGAACCUGUUUAAAAUCAUGAUAGAAACUAUAGAUGGGUUUUAUUUUGUUUUCUAUAUAUUAUCGACACUGGUAUAAAUUACACAAUUGCAACAUAUUUUUACUCACCUAAUAUACCUAAAUAUGAAUUGUAUGUGUGCUAUGUGCAUAAUAUAAGUAACCUACUAUGUCUAUGAUCUUUUUUUUACAAUUACAAAAACAUGUACAAAGUUGAUAUUGUCCAUCUUUAAUAGAAACUAUAAAACACUGUGGAACCAAUUUUAAUGUUAACAGUUUUGUGUGAAUUUUGAUAUAUUGUGUAGGUUAUACAGUUACUGGUUUGAAAAAUGAUAGAAGAUAUAGUGUUAUCAGCAUUACUACUAUCGAAUAUUUUUUAUAAUUGUUUGCCUCCAGAGUCAUAAAUGUUGAUUUUUCUAAUAAGUAUUUUUUUUUUAACUAUGGUUUUAAAAAAUAAAUUAACAGGUUUUAUGAUUUUAAAAACUAUAAAAGAAAAGAAUUAUACAAACCAGUUAAUUAAACUGAAAAAAAAUUAUAGCAGGUAUUAACUAACAAUUUUAAAAUUUUCCUGAAGGGUGAUUUAAAAUGAACUGUAAUAAAAUGCUAUGUAACUUUGAUUGUUUUUGAGCUAAACAUUUAAAUUGUAUAUGAAUAAAAAUAAGCUCCGAUAAAAAAUAAUAGGAAAAGGCCCAUUGUAAACUAAUACUUAUUUAAAAAAUAUUAAUGAAUCUGUAGGUGAAUUGAAAAAUAUCAAUUUUUUACUAAUUACCUUCAAUGACUAAGGUAUAUAUGGAUUAUACAUAUUACAAUAAAACUUCUGUUGACGGUUAUUUAUUUUGGUCAAGUGUUCGUCAAGUAUUAUGCCUUUAUAGGUCACUUCUAAAGGACGGUCACCUUUAAAUAGUGGUAAUUAUUUCUGGUCCUUUCGGUGACCGUUAUUUGGAAGGUUUACUGGGUAUAUUUUUUUUUAAAUGUCUAAAUUAGCUUAUAUAAGUCUGUUUUACAAAUUGUAUUAUUCUAUCUUCUAUUUGUAAGCCGAGGAUUUUGUACCAUUAAUCUGGUAUUUUCUUUUCUUUGUGUUUCAUAUUGAUAACAUUAUGUUAGAAUGUUUUAUUAGUAUAUCAUUUAUACAUUGAUAAUUUAUAAUUUAAAUCAUUUAUAAUGAUCAAAAAUCCGAAUAUCCAAUAUUUAUAUAUAUUUAUAGGUACAUUGAUUUACAAUAAAAUUAUACCUACACCAUAUUAAUAUUCUAUAUUAUUGUUAAGGGUUUUUCAGUUAUAAAAUAAAAAAAUAACUAAACAAGUAUUGUAGAAUUUUUAAUUGUAAUAAUAAUAUAUAGGUACCUGUGUUUAUUAUUGUUUUUUUGUUUUUUUUGGCUUAAAAUAAUAUGUAUAGGUAAAAAGUUUUUUUUUUAUGCUAUUCAUUAUUAUUUCUUAAAUGUAUAUGUAUUAAUUUACAACAUGGCGUUUUUUUUCUCAUACCGAUUAAGUAGACCUUGAAGUACCCAAUAAAACUUCAAUAUAAAUUUUAAAAUAUGUCUACUUUUUUAUCAUAAAAUGUUAAUUAAUACCUUUACCCAAAGAAAAGAACGACAAAUAGUAAUGCUAAUCAGUGUUAAUAUUAUAUAACAUAAUUACAGAAAAAAAAAAUUACUGAUUAUAUAAUUUAACAACAUAUUAAUUGAAUAUUUUCAUAAAUAUGAUUAUAUUUUUUCGUAGAUUAGUAGUACAUCAUAUAGUAGUGUCAAUUUAUGGAAUAAUAUUAGAUUUUAAAAAAAUGCUAAUAAAUGGCCUAACCCAAAGAACUCUUUAUUAGUAAUUCAUUUUGCACUUACAAAUUGAUACAAUUUUAAAUUUAAAUUUAUCAAGACGUAAUUAAUCAAACUUCAUUUAGAAUUAUUUUUAUUUGCAGUGAUUUAUUAUUGUAUACAGAUAUAAAUUCAAUUACUCUAUAUAGAAUUUUGAAUUAAAACAUUAGCCCAACUAUUAUAUAUUAGCUUGUUUACUUUUUGUUUUUAAAAUUAAAGUUAAAUUUUUAGAUUUUUAUUGUAAUGUUAGUCCUAUUAUAAUCUUCUUGUAUAAAUGGCUUGUGUAAUUGUGUAAUUAAUGUAAUGAUAAUUUACUUUUAUGAAGUACAUUUGAAACCAUUUUUUUAUAAAUUGCAUUCAUUAUGUUUUAGGUGGACAAAGACAUUGAUAUUUAUGCGUUAAGUGGUAUUUCUUCUAACCCAUGUACUGCAUAUCGGAUGUUAAACGAUUUUGUUUCACUCAACCAAAAUGAUGUUGUUAUACAAAAUGGUGGUAAUAGUGCAUGUGGUCAGAACGUCAUUCAGUUGGCUAAAAUAUUUGGCUACACAAGUGUUAACAUUAUACGUAAUCGACCUGAACCAGACUUGACAAAUUUAAAAAACCAUUUAAUAGGUUUAGGUGCUACAUAUGUACUUACUGAAGAAGAAUUAAGGUAAAUUAUAAAUCAAUAAUUUUGUACACAUGUCACUGCUAACUUCAUAAAAAUGUAUUAACAUUUUAUUUAUUUGUACUUAGGACUACGCAAAUAUUCAAAAAUGGCACUAUACCUAAGCCCAAGUUAGGUUUAAAUAAUGUAGGUGGAAAAAGUUCAACUGAAGUUUUACGGACGUUGAGCAAUGGUGGAGUUAUGGUGACAUAUGGUGGAAUGUCCAAAGAACCAGUCAUUGUGCCUACUGCAUCAUUUAUAUUUAAAGAUAUUCAACUUAGAGGUUUUUGGAUGACAAGAUGGCAUACAGAAAAUGCCACUUCAAAGCAACGUGAAGAAAUGUAUGAUGAAUUAUCAAAAUUUAUGAAAAAUGGCAAAUUAGUAGCACCUGCCCAUAAAGCUAUAUCAUUAGAUUCGUACAAAGAAGCAUUAGAAAACACUAUUUCGUCCAAAAGUUAUACCAGUUUUAAAUAUUUUUUAAAUUUACAAGAUUAAAUUGAUUAUAAUAAAAUAUGCUUACUUACCAAAAUUACUUAAAAUUUAAAUUUAAUUCUCUGUUAAGUAUAUUCUUAUUAUAGAAUUGUAUAUAUUGGACUGAAAUGAAUUGUUAUUUAAUUUUGGAUAAUAUUUAACAAUGUGUAAACAAAUAUAAACAAAUAUUAAUAAA